GUCCAUUUUUCAACUGUCACAGAUCCGCCUCAUAAACAAGUCACUCACAUUCCUAGCCUAAACCCAAACAAGAUCACUGUCAUUUCUGGCUUUGUUUACAAGUACUGUGUAGUGCAGGGGAAUACAGUAGUGUAGAACUAAUUGUGUGGUUGCUGGAGUCUCGAGCUGCUCAUUUAAGACCAAAAUGCAUCAUUUAAAAGGAAAUUCCUACAAAGUUUAGUGUAUGUUCUGAAACUCACAGCAAUCUAAAGUUGUAGCUUGAGAAUUUCGGGUCUGUCAACUGUUGAACAUAAAGUUUGUGUCUAUGAAAAUCACAAAGUUGCUCUUACUGUAAGCAUAAUAUUAAAUCCAGGUCUUAAUGGAAGUUUUUUUUGGUGUGGUUCUUUAAAUGCAUUUGCAAUUUUAAAAGCAUUUGUACUUUCUGCAUUUGCCACCGGUUUCCGUGGAUACCCAAGAAGGGAUAAUAAGGAACAGACAUGUUAUUCAUUAACUCGAGCAGACUUUAGUCCUGUCCACAAUAGGAGUUCCCUUGUUGUCUACUGUACUGUACUUCUAAAACGCUGCUGUUGACCACCUGGCUCAACCAGAUAGGAAAGAUGAGUGACACAGAGGAUGACAAUGAGAUCUCAUUUCCAGUGAAGUUUCUUGGCCGAGUGGAGGUAGUCCGCCCUAACGGACUAAAUAUCCUGGAGGAAGCAGCUCAGAGCAUCAAGACGCCUGACCCGUACUCCUCAGAAAAGGCUGCAAAGAAGAGCAAAGUCCAUCUCUUCGUGUCUUUGAGUGGGAUUGACAUAUUGGAAAGCAAAACCAAGUUUCUGCUGUACACCUGCCCCCUCCCCACUAUUUCCUUCUGCGCCGUCUUGCCCUCGUCAUCCAAAGUGUUCGGCUUUGUGGCCAAGCACCCUGCGGUAGACGCGUACCACUGCUAUCUGUUCAAGAGCCAGACUCUGGCAUACGUGCUGGUCUCCGUCAUUGGCGAUGUCUUCCGAGCUGCGAAAAAAGAGGAGCGUGUCAGGGGAGGUCGUGACCUGAUAGUGGAGGCGCUCAGACACAAGAAUAAAAUGCUGCAAAAGGAGAAUUCUGAGCUCAAGAGGAGGCUUGCAGACAAAAACAAUCAACAAUAAGGAGAUGGUCUUUCGUCAACUCCAUCAUCAUCAGAUCCUUCUGGACAUAACGGGUCUUGGCCUGCCUGACUUAAUAUCAACUUCCUCCCAUCCUUUCCAUAAUGAAUGAGCAGACUGACGUAGACACUCGAUUUCUCUCUUUUGUGCUUAGCACAUUUAUUUUGCCCUUUAAAAAGCAUUUAUCUGAUUAAAUGAUUGUUUAAAAUUGACAGUACUUUUGCAAAUGUUGCAGUAAUCUUGCACGUGCAUUUUUCUUAAUAGUGUCACUGUUUACGCAAUUGCAGUCCUCCUUUGGUCUGUGCAGUCACUGGGUCAAAGGUGUGAAAUUGACAUGGUGUUUUCAUUGCUCCCUGUUUACUACUACAACUACUGGCGAUAUCAGAAAUCUUUUGUCAUAUAUUGUCACAAAAUAAAUUACACAAAACAA